AUGACGUCACACAGCAGCAGAGGUGGGUCCCGAGGAAAAGGGAAAAGCCGUGGCGGCGGCCGUCAGGAACGAGUUGACAUGACCGAUUUUCCACGCCAAGAGGACCUCAAGCAACGGAGACAGAGCAUCGAACAAGCUAUGCAAGAGGAGACUAAAGACCCAGGUUCUUUCCUUGGUGUCCCAACAUCACAGCAUGUGUCUGACCUGUUGGCGGCUAUCAACAAGAUUGAAACCCUCCAUAGCUCUCAGGUCCCGACUCACCGAGCGCGCAACGAGAGCAGACCAGAGGCUAGGUACCCACCGAUCACUUAUCCCCGUCGAAUCCGCGAGAUUUUGGAUGCCUUUGCUAUCUUAUGCGUUUCACGCAAAAAGCAUGAGGUGAUUGCUAUCGCCGUGCGGCAUGAUGCAAGCAGAGGAACCCUCACGUUCAUGAUGUCUUCCAAUUCCGAUGUGCCUCGCGAAACCGAGACACACUUCCGUGACAUGUGGAAGAAGAUGCAGAGACUCGCGGAACGGUUCCAGAAAACGAGGGCCCCCCCAUGA